AUGGAAUCUGCCGAUGUCGCUGAUGAGGGUAUUCACGAACCAGAUGACAGCUUUGAGUUGGAACUGCCUAUACCUUUUGCUGCAGUGACGCAGUCGAUUAAACCAUCAGAGAGUAAUUUGAAGCAAAAUCAUAGUUCAACGGACGAGGACAUAGACAGAGAAUUUGAGGAAAGAUCAAAAAAAUCUCGAAGAAAUCAAUGA